AAUGAACACAGUCACAGUAACCCUGACAGUGUGACGGUCCGGUCAGUGUUUCCUCUGCUGUUAAUAUCUCAUACAGAAACAACUCCAUGGAUUUAUUAACUUUACUACAUGUUUUCUCUGUGGCCUUUGUGGGUUUAACCAAAGGAAAUAGUCCGUUACCAGCUGGUCCUCUGAAUGCAGCUGUAGGAGGAAAUGUGCUGUUCAAAACAAAACUGGAUCCAACACCAUUGCAAUCAAUAAUAUGGGGAUUUGGCACAGUUGGUACAAUCAUCACUUCUACUUCUACCGAAGACACAAUUACACCAGGUUAUGAAGGCAGGCUCACUGUCAACACUUCUACUGGGUCUCUGGAGCUCAGGAAUGUGUCUACAGAUGACAGUGGAAUCUAUACUGUGACCAUUAUACCACAAACAGGACGGGUGCUAACCGGAACCACAACACUGAAUGUACAGGUUCCAGUCUCUAAUGUGAAAAUAAACACCAGCAGCACAGACUUAAUGGAGUUCAGCUCUGUCCGUCUGUCCUGCUCCUCCUCUGGAUCUACUCCAUCUUUCCACUGGUUUAACGACAGCUCUGAGGUUACAGCAGACAGAGUUCAGAUCACUGAUGGAGGAUCCACUAUGACUAUAGUCAGUGUGACCCGCUAUGACCAGGGACCAUUCAUGUGUUUUGUGUCCAAUCUGGUCAGUAAUGGAACCAGUGAUCCGGUAACCUUCACCAUCAGCUAUGGCCCUGAAAAUGUCACUUUGCAGGUAUCUCCACCACAAAAAUACCAUCCAGAAGGUUCAGACGUCACUCUGUCCUGCUCAGCUGUUUCAGAACCUACAGUUGAGUUUACAUGGUUGUUUAAUGGAGUCCCUCAGUCUGGUAAAGGAGCAGAGUUCAGACUGAUGAACAUUCAGAUGAAUCACAGUGGAAGUUACAGCUGUGAGGCUUUUAACAGCAAAACCAUGAGAAAUGAAACAUCUCAACCUUUACUCAUCUCUGUUCUGAAGAAUAUAUCAGAUGUUUCUGUCACCUCCUCUACAGCCCUGCCAGUUGAAGGACAGUCACUCAACUUAACCUGUGAUGCUUCUGGAUCUGUGUUCACCAAAGAAUGGAUGAAAGACGGCUCAAACCUGAUCUCUACUGACAACAUAAUGUUUUAUGACAACAAUACAGUGUUGUCCUUUAAGAAUCUGAGAAGAAAGGACAAUGGGAGAUACACCUGUAGAGUCAUCAGUCCCAUUAGCAAUGACAGUUUCACAUAUGUCAUGGAUGUUAACUAUGGACCAGAAAAUAUUAAAAUCAAUGGUCCAAAUAAAAUCUAUGUAGGAAAAACUUUAAAAUUAAGUUGCUCUGCUGAGUCCACACCAACUGCCACCUACACCUGGAAACACAAUGGGAAAGUUAUUCACCAUUCUUCAGAGUACACUAAAGACUCAGUUGAAUUAUCAGACAGUGGAGAAUAUAUCUGUGAAGCAACGAAUAGUGUCACUGAGAAGACAGAUUCCAACAUGCGCAGACUGGAAGUAACACGCUGGAAAUGUGGCCCUGGAUGCAUAGCUGGAAUCGUGUUUGGAUGCCUUGCAAUAAUUCUUCUAGUGGCUGCUCUCGUGUUAGCCAUUGUGAAAAAGAAAUACCUGAUGGAAAAAUUCUCCAAAGGAACCUCAAACAGAACAGAGGGUGAAGGCCAAGACAAUACUGCAUACGGUGGAAGUCAGGAGCUGAACUAUGCAGAUGUCAGAUUUUUCCGGAACAGAAAUGGAGGUAACGUGGAGCUUGGUCAACAGAAUGAAGUAUCAGAAUAUGCCGCGGUUCGUGUGAACAAUAAACCUCCUGCCACUUCCUCACCGCCUACCUAUAACGCCCACAUGGAGCGAGUAAAGAGACCAGCUCCUCAGCCUGAUUAUGAUGGCCCGCAGUAUGCUCAGGUCCGCAGGAACUGACUACGGUGGGUUUGGUGGAUCAGCUACUCAGGACACAUUAGAGACCAGGAGCAUCUAACAUGACGUCAAAGAAACCAUGACACCCACGCUCAGUUUCUAUUAGAGAACUCCGUGGACUUCAGUGCACAUAGUUAAAGCACCUCUGUGGUGGUUAAUAAUCAACCUGCCUAACAAUUAAUGCCAUGACAAAGGUUGGAAAGCUCAGAGUUGGCCUGUCAGUUUUCCGUGCACUAAAUAUAAUAGUUUUCCAACGUCUUUGUUAAGCACUGUAUGUGUAAAGUUAAUGCAGAUUCUGUUUAUAUUCUGUCUAUGUGCUAUGUAUAUAUAAAUACUUUUAUGCUUUUGUACUUUUUGCGUUAGUCUACACUUGACGAUUGCCUCAUUUUUGAUUACACGUGAUUUUAUUUGAAAUUCCAGCUUUAUCUUUGUUUCAUUUUUUGAUUCACUGUAAUGGUCAUUGUACAUGCUGCAAAAUGAAACCUAUCAGGUCUUAUUUACAGUGAUUCUGUUCAGGGCAUGAGGACAUCUCAGUAUCAAGAUCAUUAUUUGAGUCAUUACAACCGAUAACGUUAGUGACCUCCAAAGUCCAAAGGAACUGUAGGCUCUGUAAUUUAAUCACACCAUGACAUGUCAUAAAGCAACAACCACAAUGAGCCAUUUUAACCCUCAAAGACCUAAACAGCCUAAAAGCAUCUACUUCUCUAAAUGUUUAAUAUGUUUUGAGCCACUAAUCCUGUCAAUAUAUAUAUUUUUUUUUUAAAUACCAUGUAAAAUGCAGUUUUCUCA